UCAUUGAGCCAAAGGGGAGGAGGCUUGAGUGAAAGAAUUACAUCGUACAGUGAAAUACAUUACUGGAGAAGGAGGGUGUAGUGACAGAACUACCGUACAGUGAAAUACAUUACCGGAGAAGACAGAGAAAGAGAGUAAGCGUGAAAGAGAGAGAAAAAACAGAGAAUACCCCUCGGCUAAAAAGGGACAUAACCGCACCAGGAAAAGUGGAAACGUAAAGGCAGAUUUCAAUUUUGGCCCCUGCUGCGUUUCCCCUGGAAAGGUUAAACUAGACCCCUCUGCAAAACCUUGCAUUGCAUUGCCUUGCUGUCCUGAUCUGUAAAUGGAGCUGGAGAACAUCGUUGCUAAUACAGUCUUGUUAAAAGCGAGAGAAGGUGGAGGAGGGAAAAGAAAAGGCAAGAGUAAAAAGUGGAAGGAGAUCCUGAAGUUUCCUCAUAUAAACCUUUGUGAAGAACAGAGAAGAACGAUAGAGAGAGACUACUACAGUACCUGUGAGAAACAGCCCAUCGGUCGGCUUCUAUUCCGGCAGUUCUGUGAAACACGGCCAGAGUUUGAUUUAUAUAAACAGUAUCUCUCCACUUGCCUAGAAUAUGAAGUCACUCCAGACGAGAAGCUGGGAGAAAACGGAAAGGAAAUUAUCCGUAAAUACCUCACCCCAGAGUCCCCAGAUUUCAUAUCUGAAAUCGAUGAAGACAUUGUCCGUCAAACGAAAGAAAAGCUUGAAAACAGUCCCUGCAAGGAACUCUUCUGUCACUGUGUAAAAUCCGUCCAAGACUACCUGAGCGGAGAGCCGUUCCGAGAAUACCAGAACAGCAUGCACUUCGACAGGUUCCUGCAGUGGAAGUGGCUGGAAAGGCAACCAGUAACAAAGAACACAUUUAGACAAUACAGAGUACUAGGAAAAGGAGGCUUUGGUGAGGUGUGUGCGUGCCAGGUACGAGCCACAGGAAAGAUGUACGCGUGUAAAAGGUUAGAGAAGAAGCGAAUAAAGAAGCGGAAAGGAGAGGCCAUGGCAUUAAACGAGAAACAGAUCCUAGAGAAGGUCAACAGUAGAUUUGUAGUUAAUUUAGCCUAUUCCUAUGAAACAAAGGAUGCACUGUGUCUAGUCUUGACCAUAAUGAACGGAGGUGACUUGAAGUUCCACAUCUAUAGCAUGGGGAAUCCUGGCUUCGAGGAGGACCGCGCUCUGUUCUAUUCUGCAGAGAUCCUGUGUGGCCUUGAAGAUCUCCACCGAGAAUGUAUUGUUUACAGGGAUUUGAAACCAGAAAACAUUUUGUUAGACGAUGAUGGCCACAUUAGGAUAUCUGAUCUGGGGCUGGCUAUCAAAAUCCCAGCCGGAGAAACGAUUCGGGGCCGUGUUGGGACUGUGGGCUACAUGGCUCCUGAAGUGCUGAACAACCAGCGUUACACCACGUGCCCUGAUUACUGGGGCCUGGGCUGUCUGAUCUAUGAGAUGAUCGCGGGCCAGUCUCCAUUCCGGGGGCGCAAGGAGAAGGUGAAGAGGGAGGAGGUGGACAAGAGGGUCCUGGAGUCAGAGGAGGUCUACUCGGACAAGUUCUCAGAGGAGGCCAAGUCUAUCUGUAAAGCGUUGCUAACCAAAGACCCCAAGGAGAGGCUGGGGUGCAAAGGAGAGUGUGCCUUAGAAGUGAAGCGGCACCCCUUUUUUAAGUCUAUUGAUUUUAAACGAUUAGAAGCUGGAAUAUUGCAGCCCCCCUUCGUGCCUGAUCCCCGAGCUGUGUACUGUAAGGAUGUGCUGGAUAUUGAACAGUUCUCCACUGUGAAGGGAGUCAACCUGGACCAAACAGAUGAUGACUUCUAUUCUAAGUUUUCCACAGGGUGUGUGUCGAUUCCUUGGCAGAAUGAGAUGAUCGAAACAGAAUGUUUUAAAGAACUCAACAUGUUCGGACCAAAUGGAACCCUCCCCCCAGACCUCGAUAGAAGCUACACCCCCGAGCCCCCCAAGAGAGGACUGCUGCACAGGCUCUUCAACAGGCAGCACCAUCACAACAAUACGAACAGCCCUUCAAAUUCCAAGGCCCAUCCGAACCACCACUUGAAUUCCAAUCACGUGACUUCGAACUCUACAGGAAGUAGCUAGUGGCCGGCCUGGUGUUUGUCCUGCCCAUUGAUUGUAUCCUUCCAAUAUUUCUAAUACGAUUUGACAUGAGCGGGUAAAACCAACGAGAGGAAACAGGGGUGAAAUCCUGGUGAAGUGUGCAACGUCACACGCAAAAUGACGCUUUUCAUUCAUUCCACAGCAACAGACGGAGCCUCUCUAAUGAAGAUGCUUCAGUUCCACUCAGGUCUAUAUGUGUGCGCGCAAGAUCUAGGAAUCAACCUUAAGUCUCCUAAAAAAAUAAACAUUGCAAUAGAAAUUUAAGAAAACAAAAAUCAACCAACACAAAGUUGCACGUAUUUAAGAAACACAGCAUUGUACUAAAACUGAAUUUUGUCUAUUAUUAUUAUUAUUAUUAUUAUUAUUAUUAUUAUUAUUAUUAUUAGGGAAAAUAAGUUUUGUAAAUGCAUCUAUUAUUGUCUUGGUUUACAUUUUGUACAUUUGUAUUUAAAUGAAGGUUUGAAUUUGGGUUGUACAUUUUGAGCACAGCAGUCAAAUGCAUGGUCUGAGUGA